AUGGACGCGGAAAUAUCAUUGCUUGUUGACGUUUCUGUACGCAUCGCGAAAGGACAUACUAACUUCAGAAAGUCACCCAAGGAGCGUGUGACAGUUACAUAUGUAGAAUCGCGACUAGAAAAUUUGGAAUCACUGUGGGAGAAGUUUUCUUCAGGACAUGACGAAUUGAUUAAAGCCUACGCAGCACAAGAUGUGGCAAAUUCUGUGUAUGGAACGGAAACAGUAUACGACGUAACUGAGGAAAAUUACUUGGAUUAUAAAUGCGCACUGAAAGAUGCACUCAACCGAUUGAAACCAAAUCCAAGUAGCUUCGAUACUUCGGUGCACAUGUCAAAGGCUACAACUUCAAAUACCAGUCAUGUCAGGCUACCAAAGAUUACCAUUCCAACAUUUUCUGGACUUUAUACAGAAUGGAUGAGUUUCAGGGAUCUAUUUGUUUCCCUCAUUCACGACAAUAAUGAAAUUGAUGAUGUACAGAAAUUACAUUACUUGAAGGGACAUCUCAAGGGAGUAGCUGAACAAUUGUUACGACAUAUACCCAUAACUAAUGAUAGUUACGAGCAAUGCUGGACUCUUUUGAAAAGCCGAUACAACAAUAAACAGUAUUUAGUUAAUAGCAUUUUACAGCGGUUUUUCGGUCAAAAAAGCAUUUCAACCGAGUCCUCCAGUGCAAUCAAGCAAUUACUAGAUGUUACAACAGAAACUUUAAAUGCCUUGAAAGGGUUAGGUAUUGACACUGGUACAUGGGAUGUCAUGAUAAUUUAUAUUGUUAGCCAGAGAUUAGAUUCUGAGAGUAGGAAGCAAUGGGAGUCUAAGGUCAGCGAAUUGGUAUCGAGUUCAGAUAAUUUGCCAACAAUUAAACAAUUUAAAGAGUUUUUGGAAAACAAAUACCAUUCGUUGGAGUUCUUAGAUUCAAAAUCAAACACUUUUGUUCAGAAACAGCGCACUUUUAAUUCUCACAGUAAUCAAAUAAAUCAAUCGUUUCAUGUAGCUCAGUCAAGUUGUGCAUUGUGCAAAGAUAAUCACCAUCUUAGAAGCUGUAAGGAUUUUAUUAAUAGGGAUCUUGAUAGCAAGCGUAACUUUGUGCAAACACAAGGGUUGUGUUUCAAUUGUCUGGGCAACAAUCAUUCGGUAAAACACUGUAAAAGUACCACAUCGUCCCAAAUAUGUAACAAACGGCACCAUUCAUUGUUACAUUUAAAGGGCGAAUCGCACACUACUGUGGCGAAUCAUUCCAUUGGCAAUCAAGCUUCACCAGUUGUGAGUCAAAUCAAAGCACCUAUCAAUGCUUCAUCAUCUGAGGAGCAUUCAUCAACCUCUACACACAUCACCAGCCAUUUUGUUAAGGGUGUAGCACCUCGGAAGGUAUUAGCAACAGCUGUAGUGUCAGCUGAAUCACAAAAUGGCGGGAAACAUCAACUUUUGCGAGCUCUUGUAGAUCAAGGGUCGGAAGAGUCUUUUAUUGCAAGGUCAGCAGUUCAAUUACUUGGAUUAAAAACCACACCAACCAGGGUAGAUACAUCAGGUUUGGGAGGUGAACAGGGCCCUUCAACAAGGUCCAUAGUAGAGGUAUCAAUCAGUUCACGUCUCAAUCCAGGUUGCGUGUUUCGUGUUUCAGCGUAUGUCCUCGACAAAGUGACGAGAGACUUACCUUCAACUGCUGUAUCAAUCACCUCAUGGCCGGAGUUAGAACUCGUAACGUUAGCUGACCCGGAAUAUCACACUUCGAAUAAGAUAGACAUCUUAUUAGGGGCAGAGGUUUAUGCUAGGAUUAUUCAAGAUGGUAUUAUCAAAUGUCCCUCAGGGUCUUUAGCGGCACAAAAUACAACCCUGGGAUGGAUAUUAUUUGGAGCGGUCAAGUCCAAUCAAAACACAAACAUCAAAGUUACAACAUUGCAUACACAUGUAGAGCCUGUAGAAGAAUUGCUCAAGUCUUUCUGGGAGGUUGAAGCAGAGCCGUCCAACAAACAGAAGAUAUUGUCAAUCGAAGAGCAACGGUGUGAGGAUAUCUUCCAUUCAACCACCACUCGAGAUGAAGAGGGACGAUAUGUUGUCAAACUUCCAUUUCGAGAUAGUGAACCAGCUUGCGCCGAUGGUCAUUCACGGGACAUUGCGUUGAAGAGAUUCCACUAUCUUGAGACGAAGAUGCAGAAAGAUGAGCGCCUGAAACAGGAAUACAAGAAAGUAUUUGAUGAAUACUUAGAGUUAAAUCACAUGAAGGAAAUUCAUGACAACAAAGCAAAGGGUUGUUACAUACCAUAUCACGCUGUCAUACGCGAAGACAGACAAACUACCAAGUUUCGGGCGGUCUUUGAUGCGUCAUGCAAAGGUACGAACGGCGUAUCUUUAAACGACGAUUUAAUGGUAGGCCCUAGAUUGCAACCAGAGUUGCGUCAUAUAAUAAUGCGUUGGCGUAUGUAUCCAAUCUGCUUCAUUGCAGAUAUAGUCAAAAUGUACCGCCAAAUAAAGGUUAGUGACGAAGACUCAGAAUUCCAGCGUAUUUUGUGGCGUGAAACACCGGAAGAGAACAUCAAGGAAUACAAGAUGCUUCGCGUUACAUUUGGAACUUCUUCAGCACCUUAUCUGGCUGUAAAAAGCUUGAUACAAGUGGCAAACGAUGAAGGGAAAGACUUCCCUCUAGCAGCUGAAAGAGUAAAACAUGAAUUUUAUAUGGAUGAUUUGAUGUCGGGUUGCGAAAGCGAAGAAGAAGCAAUCGAAAUAUACAAGCAAAUGAAUGAAUUGUUAAAAAGGGGAGGUUUCGAAUUGCAAAAAUGGGCAAGCAACAGUGAAGUAAUGUUGAAGCAAAUACAACAAGACAGUUUAGGAAAGCAAGAUGAAAAGAAGAUAGAAGUCAAAUUAGAAGCUACUAACAAGAUAUUGGGACUUACCUGGAGUCGAACUUCCGAUGAGUUCGUGUACGCAGUUCAGUUGCCUCCGAUGUCUGCACCUGUAACAAAAAGAAAGGUUAUCUCGGAUAUUUCAAAGUUGUACGAUCCACAAGGCUGGAUAGCACCGAGUAUAAUCAAGGCAAAGAUUUUCAUACAGAAGUUAUGGCUUGCGGGUAUCGGCUGGGACGAGGAAUUACCACAACCGCUAUUGCAAGAAUGGACGAAGUAUAGGGAAGAUCUUUCUGACCUGACACAAUUUCGGUUGAAGCGCUGGGUAUACUACAAGUCUGACGCGAAGUUAGCGGAACUCCAUGGUUUCUGUGAUGCUUCCAAUUCUGCAUUUGCUGCAGUCAUAUACUUGCGAGUGAUAGAUGCAAGAGGAGAAGUUCAUGUAAGUUUGAUUACAGCAAAAACAAGAGUUUCCCCAAUCAAACAACUCAGUCUUCCAAGAUUGGAAUUAUCAGGUGCUGUUCUGCUAGCGAAACUGCUUAUUGAAGUGUCGGGUGUUUUGAACAUACCGAAAUCAAAUAUACACGCUUGGACUGACUCUGAGAUAGUGCUUGCGUGGUUGAGCAGUCAUCCUAGUCGUUGGAAAACAUUCAUCGGGAACAGGUGUUCAGAGAUACUGACUGUCACAGACCGUAACCAAUGGUCACAUGUCAAAUCUGAAUAUAAUCCAGCAGAUUGUGCAUCACGGGGCAUUCGGGCCUCUGAAUUGAUUGGUUUGGAGCUCUGGUUAAGAGGGCCUUCAUGGUUGAAUGAAAAGGAUAUUCAAUAUUCUAAUCCUAAAGGAUUGGAGACAAAUUUAGAAGAAAGGAAAAUAAAAACUCACCUUGCUACUUCAGUAGAAGAUCACGGCGAAGUUGACGACAUCUGGGCGAAAUUCUCAUCGCUAACGAAGUUGCUGAGAGUCGUAGCAUAUUGCCGCAGAUUCCUGUGUAAAGAGAAACCAAAACAUCAGUACCUCCUAAAGAAAGAAAUUGAUGAUGCGUUGAUAAUAAUGAUAAAAAAGUGUCAACUUCAAGCAUUCUUUGAGGAGUGGAAGGAUGUUAAGCAAGGAAAACCAGUAAGCAAGAAAAGUGUACUUACCACUCUGAAUCCACAGCUGGACGACUCGGAAUUACUCCGAGUUGGUGGGCGGCUGCAUUACGCUGAAUUAGAUGAAGACCAAAAGCAUCCCAUCAUUUUACCAAAGCAAUCGCUGUUGACGACUCUCGUUAUACGAAAUGCACACAAGGUUACACUACACGGAGCGCCACAGCUGAUGAUAAACGUCAUUCGAGAGAAAUAUUACAUCAUUGGUCUUAAAUCAAUAGUUAAAUUAUAUUGCAGGAAAUGUGUCACCUGCAUUAGAUACGCAGCUACAAGCAAACCUCAACUUAUGGGGCAAUUACCUUCACCGAGAGUGAACAUAAGUAGAGCGUUUCUUCAUUCAGGUGUUGAUUACGCAGGCCCAAUAAACAUACGGGUAUCAAAAGGUCGAGGUAAUAAAUCCUACAAAGGAUACAUAUGUCUAUUCGUAUGUAUGGCAACGCGUGCUAUACAUUUAGAAGCAGUGAGCGAUUUGACUUCGCAGGCGUUUUUGGCUGCAUUCAAGCGGUUCGUGUCACGUCGAGGUCAUUGCAGCGAAUUAUACAGUGACAAUGGGACAAAUUUCGUGGGAGCAGCCAGAGAGUUAAAAGAAUUGUUCGAUGAAGAAAAAUCAAGAUUUCUACCCGAGAUCGCAGAUUGGUUGGCUACAAACGGAACACAGUGGCACUUUAUUCCACCACAAGCCCCCAAUUUCGGAGGUCUAUGGGAAGCUGGUGUACGGUCCUGUAAAUUUCAUCUGAAGCGAAUAAUUGGCAAUUCAACACUGACGUUUGAAGAGAUAACUACAGUGCUUGCGCAGAUUGAAGCCUGUCUAAAUUCAAGACCAAUGACAUGUAUCCAAGAUCAAGGUGAUCCCAUGCCCUUAACACCCGGACAUUUUCUUGUGGGUGAACCUUUAUUAGCUGUUCCAGAUCAUAACUACGAACAUUCGCCAGUUAGUUCAUUAAGAAGAUGGCAACUUUUACAGCGAAUGUUACAGGAUUUUUGGCGGCGUUGGUCGCAAGAAUACCUUACACGUUUCAUGCAAAGAUAUAAGUGGACACAGGUUGUACCUGAACCAAAGGUUGGAGAUGUGGUUCUAGUAAAGGAGCUUGAUUUGCCUCCAGCUCGGUGGUUGUUAGGUCAAAUUGUUGAGAAACACCCUGGAGUGGACAACGUUACGCGAGUUGUCACGUUGCGCUAUAAAAAUUCUUUAAUCAAACGACCAGUGUCUAAGCUUUGUGUCUUACCUUUAGCAGAUUAA